AUGGGGGAUUCUGCGGGGGUUCGGAGCAGUCAUGAAGGCCAACAUCAUGAUGUUCAAGGAGACAGGGGGCUGAUCCGGCGGAUUCCCGCAAACCGGGUGGCGCUGAAUGCCAUGGGGCGCACGGAAAGAGCGCUCCGAAUGGCUCUGGGUGGUGCCCUAAUCAUGGCACUGACGAUGUGCGACAUUCCACACAUGGACUACUCUUUUAAAUACAUCGGACCCUUUUUGUUUUUCGUUGCCGGCACGUUGGCCCCCCCGAUGCUAAGUUCAGUGGUGAUUCUUCUGUUUGCAGGCCUAGCCUGUAUCUUGCUGGCAUGUGCUCUGGCAACUACGUUGAUUUCGUCGUUGUUGAUAAGCAGUGGUGGAAAAGCUAUCUGUAUUGUCAUCUACACCAUCUUCGUCCUCUGGUCUUCUUUUUUGACGACCACCAAGACGAAGGAGAUGACCCUCAUCGGCUCCUACAUACUGUUAUACGCCGUCCCCCUUGCUACGCUAAUCGCCUCCCCCUACGCAAUUGGAGGCAUAAGCAUAGUUAUAACGCCCGAGAGGUACGAGGCUUUGAAAACAUUUAUCGCAAACAGCAGCAUGGACGAUAUCUUAGCUACAGUGUCUAGCUUUCUUAUGGUUUCCCCUGACAAGGCGGUCGACUUCGUUUCGGUGCUUACGAAACCUGCGGCUGUGCGGCUGCUGGUUUUGGUUGCCCGCAUUCUGCAUAUUAAACUUCCCACCCUCCCACAAGACUUGCAGAUAAGCCCCCAAGAGGCAUUAGGUCUCUAUUUGACAGUUCUCGGUAGCUUCCCGGAGGGGAAGCAUAUCUCAUAUGAAAAAACAAUUCCUAGAGAUGCGGGGUUGGAUAUACUUCAAGACUGGAUGUACGACAUACCCUUUUUCAUAGAAGGGGUCAGCGGAGAAAUUCUAACUGUUGGAGCAAGACCUGGAACUUGGUUCAUUAGGGCCGUCUGGGUGGCCUCCGGAGCCGUCGGAAUGCUCCGAAACCUCAUCAUCUUCGCGUUUCUGGGAUUUGCUGUAUACUUUUUAGUCAUGCUUGUACCACCGGUUAGGCGGCAACGGGACGUUGCUGUCAGAGAAAUGGCAAACGCGUGCAGCGUCAUCGGCAAGUCUCUGCGCCUUGUUAGGGACAAGCUAAAUGCAGCGAACACGCCAAACGAGCAGGCUUUACAAACCACGGAAGUGAUUGAGAAUGACCAAGAAGAUCGGCGUGAUGUGGAGUGUGGAGCAGCGCAAAUAUCGGAGGAGGAGGCUUGUAGUCUUGAUAAGGGGGCUGUCCGCGACCUGGACCAAGUCGUCUUGAGUCUGCUGGAGAUCCAGAAAGCUACUCUGAUGUCUGGCAUGGAGCCGUUCUUGCUCUACCCAGGCCCCGGCGUGUGGACAAUGAAGGCGCUUGACGAAGUUCGAAAGAGGUUGAUUCAGUGCAGCGUGCAGACGCAAAACGUCCUGCAGAUGAUGAUCCGCCCUCAAGGCACGAAUGCCAUUGGCAGGCUGAAUUCAAAUCCCUCGCUGGCUUCUGCUGGCAGGGACCUGUUGGACCGGAGCAUACGGAUGUACGAGCUCUGCGAGGAGCUGUUGACGACGUUUCCCUCCAUAUUUUCUCCCACCAAAAGCAGGGAGAAAUCAGAUAAGCUGAUGGAGCAGAUGAGCCUUCUUGAAGGCGAAAUGCGUUCGUUGGCUUGGGCAGUCUUCCGCCCGUCAGAAGCAGACACGGAGAAUGCACUUCUCCAGCUGGAGGCAGACAGCUCUCCUGUAAAUGGCUCAACACCUGCAGAGAAAAAUCCUGUAGAAGAAUCCACAUCUGUAUGCCGCCAGACGUCUUUUGCACGUGCCAUGGAGCUCCUUCCCGUGGGCCUUGCCGUCACUGCAUUCGUGCAAACCGGCUAUUCGGAGCCCCUGUGGCUGAGCCGAGCAGUGUGUGCUUUGAGCAAAGCACAGCAUACCAAUACAUGGCGUGGGGCAUGCAUGAACCUAGUAUUCCCGUUGUUGCCCGUCGCUGUGCAUGCCCAACGACUACUUGUAGCUCCCCUAUCGGCUUUAGCAUUUUGGUGGAAACAGUGGCGAGGGCCGCGUGCUUGGUGGAAAGACCCAGAGGUUUGGUAUGUUGUCAAGUUGGUCAUUCCCCUAAUUGUCAUUUUCGCCUGCGGCAUUUGCUUCCCGGAAUUUCUUCAGUACUCUUGGGGUGUCAAGGUGACGGAAAGUCCUAUCUUUUUGGACUUUUCCAAUCAAGGCGUCGCAACUCGUAUGGUGCCAUGGUUCUUACUCGGGUACCUUACAGUGCUGCAGACGACAUGUAACGGCACUGUGCAUCGAGGCCUUGCCCGCACAGUGGGUAUUUUGCUAGGAUCGUUCUUUGGUUGGCUGGGAAUGAAGCUGUUUGGCGGAAGUUUGGCAGCCCUCAUCGCCUUUUGUUCAGUUACUGUGUUCAUCGACAUUUUUGCUUUUGCCGACCCCCAUCACCCUCUUGACGGGUUCAGCAAAAGGUGGGGGUACUCCGGAAUGGUUUUCACGUAUACGCAGUCGCUCGUUGUUACUUUGGCUACAGGCGAUCUAGGGGGCUUGACAGGGGAUCAGGACUACCUGGCGACUACCCGAAUUUUGAGCAAUCUUAUGGGCAUUCUUUUGGCUGUUAUUGUGGCUCAUCUGCCACCUUGCGCCAGUUCGGCGACGUGUGCCUGCAACAACUACAGCCAGGUUAUGCAGGGGUGCACAAGAGAAGCCAGUCACUUAGUGCAGGGUUUACUCGCGCUUUUCGAAUUGCCUAGGGAGGAGCAAGGCACAUCUGCCGAUAAUACUGCAGGGUCUUUGCAAAGUGAAAAAAGAAAAAUUGCUACAGCGGCCAGGGCACUAGAGAAGGAUAUACAGGGGAAGCUUGUUUCAGGGUCAAUGCUUUUGAAGGAGGGAAGCUACGUUCCACUGUCACCGUGGAAGAUUCCCCCGUCCCUCACAAAGGUGAAGGUCGCGUCGACUUCCAUACUACUGGAAGCGCAGGAAACUGCUCAGCUCGUACAAGGUUUGCUCCAGGACUGGGAGGAGUCAGCAGUUGCCGCUACAAAGAUAGUGGCAGAGACACAGGCGCUAGAGUUGUUACCCAUGGCAGAUUCAGACACUCAAGGUGAUGGAAUGGAGGAUAAGCGGUUGGCAGCAAGGAGCUGGAGCGUCUCACUGAUGAGGCGAGGCAACUGCUUGGCUUUGCGAGAGCUCUUUCAAACAGAAAAGGGAGUCGAGCUCAAGGAAGCUUUGCUGGCCGCAUGCGACUCCCUUUGCACUCUUUCUGCUGCUGCCAGUGUGAAUUUGUGCUCCUCAUUGCCGGUACUGAGCAAUGCGGUCAUGCGUUGCCGGCGGCGAUAUGACCGCCAAAGCGAGAGCCCUGAAAGCCGUGAGCAGGCUUAUGAAGACUGCAGCUCGGCUGUGGACAACAGUGCUCAGAGGAUUGUUGUUGCACUGUUGAACUGCCUGGGGGAAAAAUGUACAGAGCCCCGUUUAUCCUCAGCAGCGCGCACAGCCUCAGCUUUCGUGAUAAUGAAGAUUCUCUAUCACUUGCAGGGCAUCAGGUUCAGCCUCGAUGAGGUUCAUGCAGCGGCAGUAGAAGUAUCGAAGGGUACCAGCUGCGGACUGAAAUCGUUUGCGCUUCCACUGAGGAGGCGGAAGUGA